AUGAACGCCCUUGACCUCCUUGUCGACUUCGCCACUUUUAUGAGCACGUCCUCCGAUAUGACAAUGAUGAACAGCGGCAACAACGAGCACGACGCCCCGGCCUCAUCAGCCCAAUACACAACGUCUACCCCAGCAUUUAAGCAGAGUAUUGCUGCCCCUCUUACAAACAAUCCGAUGAGCGAAGCUUCGCUAGGUGCCUCGAUUGUCCAGUCCAGUACAGCUCUUUCCUCAUCGGGGCUGGAGUGUUCGUCCAACCAAUCCCAUCGAACAAGUCCGGAUAGGGCGAAGUACGAUACCUUCGAUCCCCUUCUUACGAAUGCUCAAAGUCACCCGGUUGCGCAAACUCUCGAUAUGCAUUUGCAGGAAGGACCAGGUCGCUAUUUCAGGUGCAACUGCAAUAUAUCUUACCAGCACUGCACUUGUAGAUAUGAGCCAGUGGUAAAAGUAUGCUAUACUUUCGCCCGCGCUGUGCCAGUCGAGAAAGAACCUUGGGAUCCGACCCAACUGCGACCCCCAGUGUGUGGAGUCCAACGGCUGUUUGAGCUUCCGAUUCCAGAGGAUGGGUUUCCGUGGAAAUACUCAUACCAGGGCAACAUGUGCCAUUGCCGAUACGUUUCUCCUCAUAUCCAUUGCAUGCCUGAUGGUUUUAUGCCAGUGGUCGCAAAAGAAACCUUGGGUUUAAACGAACUGAGAUGUGAUGUUAGGGCUGCGAGUGGACAUGUUGGGCUGUAGCAGUAAAGUCAAAUUUCUAAUAGACCUAAGCAUUGCGAUACAUAGUAGCAAUAACAGCUAGCACAUCGCAGCACAGAC